AUGUUUGGCUUUCUCCGCCAGCGUCGAGGCGCAUUCGCGACAGGAGGAAUACUAGGCGGUAUCACCUCUAUCGCUUCUGGCAUUUACUAUUUCAUGCCGAACUCGGCAUCCACUGCCGCUGUCGAGGUCGCCACUACAGCAUUGUCUUCCAUCAUCUCACUCCCUACCGACAUCUUCAUCGCGCACUCGGCCGCCGACCAAGGCGUUUGCUACCCACUGAACGGCACCGUCCAUGGCUGCCACAUCGGGUACAGCCAAUGCGAAGUGCCUAGCGACUUCUACACGACCGCUUUCGCCUUCGACCCUUUCCUCGUGGUGCUUGCUCUGGUCGUGUACUGCACCUGCCUUCACGGUGCCGUGCGCCUCCGGAAUGCACUUCUAACGCCGAAGAGCUACGCGACAAUCUGUGCCACAGUCGAGCAUCUGCGCAACGGCGUCUCGGUCUCCACGACCGUCGCCGGCAUUGUCACCCUCGUGGUGGAGCACACUGGAGCCACGAUGCCGCCGCUUCCGGAAUAUGCUGGUGCGAUCAUGUGGCUGUUCGGUACUGCCGUGUUCAGUCUGUUGUCAGCGUAUCUCGCCAGCGGGAAGGUCUCAGAAGUGGACAAGGCGCGGUCGAAGCUCCAAUGGAUCAUCACCAAGAAGAACAAGACCAUUGCUGUACUCAUCACUGCCAUCAAGGACUGGGAGAGCAGAUAUGAGUCUCUCGCCAAGCUUCACGAGAAUAACAAAGCCGAGCUCGGGAUGACGUCCCUUGAGCUCAGUGCUCUCGUUGUAAAAUUCAACGAGGUGGAUAUUGAGUACGAGCAGCUGGUUGUCGAGCAACAAGAGAUUCGCGCAGAGUCUAAAGGCAAAGAUGUGAAGAUCACUGAGCUCGAGAAGGAUGUCGCCAACAAGAAGGCUGAGCAUGACGCCGAGCUCGACGAGUUGCAGCGCAAGCUACGUGCUAUGGAGAAUGAGAGGGAUGCUCAGGCAGCGGAGGUGAAAAGACUCAACGACAAGCUCGAAACCGAGGAGGCCAAGAACGCCGCGCUGACCACUGAAAAUGGCGAACUACGAAGCAAGGUUGCUAGCCAUGAUAUCACUAUCGACAAGCAGUCAAAGACUAACAACCGCUUGAUGGCUCAGCUCGCGGGACAGUCCUCGGUGAUCAAGAACCUUGAAGCAGACUUGAGCACAUCAAAUGCCAAGAGCGUCAAGCAGAUCAACGCGCUACAGGCCGAAUCGUUCUGCAAGGACGGCAUUAUCCGCAAGCAGCUCGAGGACCAAGAGGAGCAGACUGAAGAGUUCGAGGGCAGGCUUGAAGCCGCAGAUGCCGUGAACACUCAGCAGUCCACGCAGAUCAAGACUCUGGAGGGCGGAAUUGCCAGCAAGAACGCCAUCAUUUCCAAGCAGUGCUCGGACAACACCAAACAGUCCGAGACCAUUUCGAACCUGAACAAGAAGCUCGAAAGUGCUACCACAAGCUUCGAGAAGGAGAAGAGCGAGUGGAGCACCAAGGACACCCAGCAGCAAUCUAAAAUCGCUAGCCUUACUCUGGACAGCACGAACGCCAAGGAGGAGCUCACCACCUGCGCCGAUGAGCUGGUCCAGGCGAAGGCCGAGGUCGUCCGACUAGGCAAGGCAUGCAUCGAUCUCGCCUCUCACAACAACGACAUGCUCAUGGUGGCAGGCUUCGAAGCUGACGCAAACCUGGUGGUCGCUCACGAAGACUGUCUGGACUUCCAAUGCCUUAGCGCCGAACUCCAAGGCCGACUUGAUGAGAAGAUCGAGGCAGCUUCUAAGAUCUCACUAUCUGCCGUUACCGAGAUCGUCGAUGUCGAGCCCGUCCAAGAGCAGGUCGCUCAGCUAUCGACACCAUCCUGCAGUUUCGGAGCGACGCCAAUUGAGAAGGUCGGGGCUCCGUCGAACUCAUCCACGCAGAGCGCCACCACCGGUGUCCAAGAAGAAGCCGCCCAUGCUUUCAUACCACAUGACGAUUCCAAGGUAGCCACGCCAUCGAGCGGCAGUCUGGCGGUUGACGCUGUGCCUCCUCCGUCUUCUGCAGCUUCCUGGCCCGGGCUCCGUCAAGCCCUGAUAAAUGUUGGUACUGUGCCCUUCAUGGGUGCUGAAAAUUCGUCUACGCCGUCUGGCUCCCCAUCUGGCGACCAGUCCCAAAUCUCGCCAACAACCCACCAUGACUCUUCGACCAAGCCAUCACAUGUGUCCGAAUACCGAAGCCCAUGUCGUCACAACAGUGGCAUCGAUGCAGACGCCGAGACCCAGAAGCCAGCCUUACCGAGCAACAGUCUCAAACAUUCCACCGAUGUUGUUCCGUUGACGCAGAAUUCAACGGUUGCCUCACACGAAACUACCAUCGAUGACUGCGAGGCGCGCAUUGCUUCCGAGGGGGCAGCAUCAACGACUGCUCCAUUAACCUUCAACGAAUUGCACAGCAAUCAGCCUGAUUUGCUACAAGCUACUCAACCUGUGGCCCCAAUCGAGCGGUCGAACAGCCAGUCGUCUACUUCGCGUUUCAUUUUCGAGACGCCAACGAAGGAGUGGUUUGCCCCAUCGAUAUCCGCUAACCCGGGCCCAGUUCCCGCGCCCCAGAUACAACAAGACUCAGGCUCCUCGCAAGGGAGCAAUAAGAGACUGCAGCCGUAUGCAGCCAGACUUUCUCGCUACAGGCCAGAACGCGGCAUUGCCAGUACAAGCAAACACUGGGAAGGCAUGCCCGACGCCCAAGGGAAUUUACUGAAGUUUGGUCCUGAUGGCAAGCCUUCGGAAGAAAGGCAUUUUCCGAAAGUGCCGAGAGUCAGCUCUGGCGCGGAUUCGUGCAAAACGAAGUCCUCGAGGAAGAGUGCCACUUCGCAAGAAAGCACGGAUUCAGCGUACGUCAACCGGAUCGUGCACAACUCGACCGCCUUCAAACAGCUGGACGAUAAUAGCACUAGCGCAUCAUCGACAGCAUCAAAGACCGCGAUCAAGUCACCAGUCCUUGCUAUCAAUUUCUCAACGUCAACUCAGCCGCUAUUCAAAUUUGGAGCACCGCAGGAACCGCUUAGUCCACGACGCUCUGCUCCUAACGCCAGUGACACCACAGGCAGCUCAUAUGAGAAGAAUUCAGUCAGUCGCUCACCACCAAAUACUUCAGCGACAUCGACAACUCCCACCGAAACCGAAAUCGUUCCCCCUGUUGCCCCAGCUUGCUACUAUAAGCCACAUGGGAAUUGCAAGUGCAAGAACUGGAUCAGAGGAACCUGUGUCGGGGAUCCUAACAACUACGACCCGAUCACGCAUGAGUGGAUCAAGGUCGUUGAGGGUGAGAUCAAGAGAUAUGGACAGACUGACUCAAAGGAAGAUCGCGCCGAGAAGACGAGGGCGAAGACCCAAAAGACUUGCUCUGAGUGUUGGGUACACAAGAGAGGACAGCAGGCAGUAGAAGCGAAGGAUGAUUCGAGCAGCGAAGUGGAGCAAAGCGAACGAUCCUAA